AUGGCUCGAAAUCCUGAACUGCAGCGCGUCCUGGCGGCCUUGAACAGUUACACAACACAGCCUUCUCCGACCCCACAACCUGGACCCUCAGGACAACAGCAGUCUCACCAGCCAGUCAUCGCCACCACUGAAUCUUUCAUUCCCGGCUUAGGAUUGCUCCCGGCAGAAAGCCAGCACAGACCUAUCACUCCACCUCCGCUUCAUAGACAACAGACCUCGACUCCCCAGCAGUCUCCGCCGAAACCUCGUCUAGUCGAUGUUCCAAACAAGCCAUCAACGCCCACAGUACCUGAUGCUUCAACGAUCACCACCUGGCCAGCUGCACUCAAACAUGUCACUCGCCAUCUAGUCACAAAUGAACAGGCUUCUGCUCGUAUCAAGCACAUAAUCGCUGAACAGCACAAACACGAGCGGCAAUGGUGGGCUGGGAGGGAAGCAAUUGUGGCUAGACAGCAGGGCAGAACCGGCAAGUCUCAAGAAGUAGCAGCUCUUUUAAAGUCGUUGGGAGGCAAGGAGAUUGCCGUAGCUCCUUCAGAUCCAAAGGCCAACCAGGCAGAGCUGGAUGUGUAUGACAAGAAAGUGUAUUCUGGGCUGGUGGCUAUGGCUUCGGAUUUUGAUAGACAAAUGAGAGCAAUAGGUGUGCCGUUCUACGCCAUCAAACAUGACCUUGUUGUCCUGGAAGAAGGUCUGGAAAAAGCUGGUGCCGCAAAGGGAAGGGUGGAUAAAGGUGAAUUGAGGGAACUUCAAAAGAAAAUGUUGCAGACUCUGGAAGAUCUGUUCUCAGACUGA